AUGCGCUGGGCCGCGGGGCUUCGUCAACUUUCCUCCAUCUCCAAGCCCUUCAUAAGAAUUGAGUCUGCGAAACAAUUGGCGCGCAGAAUGACUGCUCUUCCCACCACCUACGAUGGGCCCGUCCCAAUUGCUGUCAUCGGUGGCACUGGCCUUCGUGAGCUCCCUGGUUUCACCCAGGUUGCUUCGCUGAACGUCUCGACCCCUUGGGGCGAGCCUUCCUCCCCGAUCACUAUCCUGCACCACCAAUGCAAGCACAACAACAAGACCGUCGCCGUUGCCUUCCUCAGCCGACACGGCCUGCAUCACCAGAUCGCGCCACAUGAGGUGCCGGCCCGUGCCAAUAUCGCUGCUCUGCGCUCCAUUGGUGUCCGCAGCAUCAUUGCUUUCUCCGCCGUCGGCAGUCUCCAGGAGGCCAUCAAGCCGCGUGACUUCGUUGUCCCCGAUCAGAUCAUUGACCGCACCAAGGGUGUGCGCCCAUGGACCUACUUCGAGGGUGGUGUUGUUGCCCACGUUCCCUUCGGCGAUCCCUUCGACGAGGGUAUCGCCAAGGUCGUUCGGGAAUGCGGACACAGCCUCGAGGGUGAUGGUGUCGUCCUGCACGACCGAGGCACCAUUAUCUGCAUGGAGGGCCCUCAGUUCUCCACUCGCGCCGAGAGCAACAUGUACCGCUCCUGGGGCGGUAGUGUGAUCAAUAUGUCCGUCCUCCCCGAGGCCAAGCUGGCCCGCGAGGCCGAGAUCGCCUACCAGAUGAUCUGUAUGUCCACCGACUACGACUGCUGGCACAACUCCGCCGAUGUCACCGUCGAGCUGGUUAUGGCCAACAUGAAGUCCAACGCCGACAACGCCCGCCGCUUCGUGACUGCCGUCCUCGACGCGCUGGCCGCCGAUGAACACGCUGACCUCGUCUCGGCUAAGCACCUGGCGGGCUCCGUCAAGUUUGGUGUCAGCACUCCCCAGACACAGUGGAGCCCAGAGGCCAAGAAGAAGCUGGACUGGCUGUUCCCUGGCUACUUUUAA